AUGGCCAUUGUUAUGUGUGAGGAUGAAGACAUUGAGCAUCAGUUGGUUUUCAGAAAGUCAAGACAUUUGAGUUUGUGUGCACAGUGGAGGGAACAGGUGUCUUUGAUUCCUGGCACAUAUCCAAUGUUGAAAGGAUGGGGACCUGAUAUCAAGGAUAUGGAGACUGCAUUGAUGGAUUUGUCACAAGAAAAUGUUGAUGAUGAGGGAAGUGAUGAUGAACAGUUAAAUUGCACAUAUAAUGUUGAAGAAGUGGACAACAACAAUAUUAUAGAAGAGACAGAAUCAAUGGCAGUGUCAGAUGCAUUCAGGGUAUCAGAUAAUGGGCUGGCCUUUGGGAGAUGGGAGAGUGAAGAUUUGUGGGAGGAUCUGGAGGAUGAUGAGGAUGAUAUCUUGGAUGUUGGAACAUCUCAAAAGAGGUCAAGGCAGAAGUAUUAUAGGUAG